CUUCAGUCCGCUUCCUUCAGGAAUCCUGCAACCGAAUGCUUCAACACUACGAGGUAUCUCAAGCCAAUACUUCUCCUAGGUAUCGCCCUGCUCGGCACUGCUGGUCUGUGCCUCUGCUUGCGUACGGACCUGUUUACAACAUUUACGCUUCGUUUCGGACGGUUAUUUGUCCUCCAGAUCACCCGGACUCCAAAAAAACCCCCCAUAUCUCUCUACUCGAUCCUAUCUCUUUCCUCCCUCGCUUCCACGCACAAUCAUGGAACCUCGCGCCCGCGCCGGCCGGCACAAAACCAGCCUCAAUUUUGGCCCGGAGCUCUCGGCACUUCUGUACGCAUAUGGCGCACCCACACACCCAGACAUUGCCAAACCUCUGGGCGCAUCAUCACGACAAUACCUGGCCUCCUCCAACACGCCCAACACCACCCAUCCACCCACACCUUUCACUCAACCCUUCCCCGAAACAUUGCGUGUCCUGGACGAGAUCUUGACCGACUUCAUCAUCGAAACGUGCCACAAUGCCGUCGGCGUCUCGGUCUACUCUGGCCGCGCGAAACUGAAAGUCUCGGACUUUGAAUUCGCGAUCCGGAAGGACGCCAUCAAACUAGGCCGAGUGCAGGAGAUGUUCAAGAAAAAGCGGGAGAUUGAUAACAAGAAGAAGCUGUUCGACACGACCGAGGGCAAGGAGGGGCAUAAGCUCGCGGUGGACGAUCUGGUGAAUCUGGGGGAGGUGGUGGGCGAGGAAGGUACGUCGAAAGGCAAGGGGAGAGGUAGAGGGAGAAAGAAGAAGAGGGAUGUUGAGGAAGUGGACGGCGAAAUGGUCAAUGGAGGGCUAAACUCAAAGGAGAGGACGCCCGGCCCUGAUGAGAGCGGCGAGGAGAGGGCAAGCAAGCGGGCAAAGAGUGACCUUGGAUGAGAACGCAACUGAUUAUCAAGAGCUGGCGUUUAUGGCUCUUUCUUUGGCACACAUGAUCCUACCAAAAAGCAUCCAAAACCUAUGGAGAAAGAGGGGCAUCCAACUGUCCAGAGCCGCCAGAGACAUCCCCUGUCAGGACGGCACCAGGUAGACAUCCAGCACACUGCCUCUUUUGACAACAACGAGAGGCCGGUUUGGGAAAUCUACCUCACCGAAUGACGAACCAAUACACCAUGUUAUUCGUGAAAGUUUACCAAGCGGAGUCGGCUCGGUCUAUCUGCCCAAGCAUCUGCUGUCUGUGGGCGGCUAUCAUAUGAGAGACCUCAGCUGAACUGUCCACCAGGAUGACUUUUGCAGUCAUUCCCUAUUUCAGAGACAGUAUGCGCGUGUCUCGAGCAGAUCCCAACUGCUCUUUCAUGCAAUCAUCACUCAGAGUUGCUUUGGCGUCCAUUCGGGACGACUAGACACUUUGCGACACAGAGCAGGUGUCACUGGGCUAUCCGCCUUCAUGUAUAGCAGCCGAUCUCAGAUAGGCUGCCUGCGUUCCAUGAUCAUUUCAAACAUUGGACACCGAGAAACUCUCUGUCCUAUUCUGCCUCGCCUG